GGCGCGGGGGCCGCGCCUGCAGAGCCGCUGAGCCCGGCGAUACCCUGGACAGCGCCUCGCCGCCGCUCCGCCGCCAUGGAGACCCUGAAAGCUUUUGACCGGGAAGUAAAUGCAUUUGUGGACUAUUUGUUUGGACCUCGAGAUACCAGGGUUAGAGGAUGGUUCCUUUUGGAUUCUUACCUUCCCACGUUUUUCCUCACCGUAGCAUACCUGCUCUGCAUAUGGCUGGGCAACAAAUUCAUGAAGAACAGGCCUCCUUUCUCUCUCAGGGCUCAYCUCAUCGUGUACAACCUGGGCAUCACACUGCUCUCCUUCUACAUGCUCGUAGAGCUCAUCCUUGCCACAUGGGAAGGCGGCUACAACUUGCAGUGCCAGAACCUCCACAGUGCAGGGGAGGCCGAUAUCCGGGUAGCCAAGGUGCUGUGGUGGUAUUAUUUUUCCAAAGUAAUUGAAUUCAUGGACACUAUCUUCUUUGUACUGAGAAAGAAAAGCAGCCAGAUCACCUUCCUUCAUGUGUAUCACCACGCCACUAUGUUUAACAUUUGGUGGUGUGUUCUGAACUGGAUACCUUGUGGGCAAAGUUUCUUUGGACCCACUUUGAAUAGCUUUAUUCAUGUGCUUAUGUAUUCUUACUACGGACUGUCCGUCAUCCCAUCCAUGCGCAAAUAUCUCUGGUGGAAGAAAUAYCUCACUCAGGCACAACUGAUCCAGUUUCUGCUCACUAUUGCGCACACUCUCAGUGCAGCCGUGAAGCCRUGUGGGUUCCCAUUUGGCUGCCUCAUGUUCCAGUCCUCCUACAUGGCCACACUGGUCAUUCUYUUCAUCAACUUCUACAUUAAGACAUACAGGARAGCACCUUCAAGAACAGCGGUAAAGGAAACCCCCGCCACAACAGAAAUCAAGAAUGGUUUCCAUAAGGACUACUUUGCUGCUGCCAAUGGAUUCCAGAAUAACAAGAAGGCACAAUAAGUAUAGUGUUUCCUAUGAUCUUUUUUUCUAAAGAGAAAAAGAAGAAAAAAGACUGAAUUACAAGCUUUAGCUUAAAACCUAUUUGAUUACAUUUAUCAGUUCUUUGUACCAGACACUUAUUAAUGUACUGCUAUUUAGGUUUUAACAAAAUGAGUAGAAUUACUUGUCUUGUCCAUGAUCACCAUCAGAACAAAGAAAGCCAAGAUCUUUCUCAUAUGCAAAAGAAAACAUUUCUGAUCUAUAAUGCUGACACGAAAACGCCUUAUGAAACACUUGGUGGAUAAAUCCAUCAAUGCCUUCAAAAGGUUAGGACUCUGUUCAGACUAACAUGGUGAGCACUUCCUGUGCAGAUGACAGGUCUUAAGGCAAGGCUUCACAGUGCACCCAGUGCAUCCAGUUAAACUGUGGCCAAGGUCAGGAAAACAAAGGUGAGGGUGAGGGACAAAGGUGAGAAUCRUACCUUUUUCAUCACCAUACUCCUCUUUUCUUCUUCUCGGAGAAUCUCCAAAGCACACUCCUUCCCCAUGGACACCAGCAAGUUGCCCUUUGAUCCUGUGGGAGCCCUGGGGAAGGACAUGACAGAGGGCAGAGCCCAGGUGCACCAUCCCAUAGCUUGCAGGCAGUUGUGCACCACACUCACUUGCAUUACACAGAAGCAACCUGAUCCAAAGAGCAGGAAGGCUGGCAGGAGCUUUCUGUUSAGGGAGCCCCUGGCACUGCCCAGUAUYGUAUUCUGAACACAGAGCAGAACAAGUCACUUUUGAUGUGCUAAAUUAAUAGGAGUUCUAAGUAAAUGGAUUUUGAAAGAAAUAGGAUCUUAACAACUUUAGGAAGAUAAAUCUGUUGAGUGUAAAUGUGUAUAAAGUUAAUCCUAUACGAACACUGCUAAUUUGGAACAAACUGACAUGACGCAUAUUAAUAGACUGGGACACAGCAAAUUUGAAAAGUGAGUUCAGCAAUGAGCAGAGCAGGUUACAGGGAAGUUUGUAUGUCAGGUGCACCUUACUCAGACUGGUGUCUGGCUGGGGAAACAGAUGGGACCGAGGAACAAUCCCCUGUGGGGGAAGCGAAGAGACACUUGCUGUCUACAGCUGUAAAGGUGUCUCCCAACAGCCCAUCCCCAUCUCUGUUGCUUCAGUUCACUGCAUUUAYCCCCCACUUAAAUAUUUAGAAGUAAAAAAUACUCAGGGUUAACAUUAUGGAUCUGCCCUCACCCUUUUCUCAUUUAGCCCACUUAAUCCUCUACUAAAAAUAGACUCAGAUGUUUUUCCUCACAGAGAAGUAACCUCUAGUCACUUCCAUUCUCAUAUAUGAAAUUCUCUCAAUAAAAACACCUUCUGRAGUCACUCUUGCCCAGCAAAUCCCCCAGACUGGAGCAGUUCUCUAAAGGAAAUGUGUUCUCUCGCUUCUGUCACCUUGCAGAGUYUCCAGGGCAGGAUCCAGACAAAACACACACCCAGUCUGCCCAGAGGGCCCAAGCAGCCACUGAGGGCCUGCAGGUAGAGGAGGCUGUCCCAAAUCCUGCUGUCCAGUUCUUCUACACCUCUAGAGGGUCAGUUAUCCCCUCCAAAUAUUGCCAUUUGGAUGAUCUGCCACCAGAACUCUUGGAGGCUGCAGGUGCAGAGGCAGGAAGAGGGUUUGUYCCAGGGAGCACUACAGACACAGGGGAGCCAGGUUCACCAGGAGCAGCCUGAGAGGCUGCAGCCAUGAGRGCUCCUGGAUAGGAAGGAAAGGGGCUGAGGAAGUGCUACAUCAGGGGAAGAAGAGCAGAUGGGAUUGUCCAGAAAAAGCAAGAGGAGRAAAUGGCAUGAAGAAGGGUGUGUUGUAUCAGAGUCCUGCUUGAAUGUCCCAUUGAAUGGCAUCUAUCUCCCGCCAGUUCCAGCUCCAUUGCAGUGUGGACAAAACUUUUCURCUCCAGCAGAAAGCUGAAAUUCCCAAAAUGCUACAGCAGAAGCAGUACAUCUGAGCAGCCUGACUGCUAAACUCCAUCAUCAUGAACUGGACAACCAACAUAACUGCAAUAUUCAAACACUUUUACACCACCACACCAACCUAGAUAUAACUAGUGCAUAUUCACAUUUGCUCCUCUCUUCAUGAAGCUGGUCACAAAACCUCAUUGAAAAUCAGUGUUUUGUUUCAUUUAACAGUCAAUAAGGAGGGAAAGCCACAACCCAAAAAAACAAACCAAAAGAACUCCAAAAACUUGCAUUCACAAAGCCUGGACACUGUGUGCAUACACUAUUUCUCACUGGCCCUUCCAGGACCUUUGCUUUAUAKGUGUUUCUGAUUGCUACUGUAAAAAUCCCAAGAUGUAAGAAAUCAGUGGGUUUGAUUGAGGUGUUUCACACAUCCCUAAGUAAAGGGAGAGCAUCAGAGUUCUGCAGAAAUCAGCUUGAUACUGGAAGCUGGGGUGAAGGCAGAGGGAUUUGAAAGAGCUGACAAGACAUUGUGUGAGGCAAUGAGCUGGACCAUUCAUCUAAGGCAGGCAAGAAAAAGAUUUUGUUGUCCAGCAUAGAUUUUAGGCCGAGUGGAGUCCAUAAUCUUUUGAUGGCAAAGCAUGCAUUUGGCUAUCRAGGUGGAAAGCGUCAGCUGUGCUAAGUGUUAAAGUUUACUACAGCAAUCAAACCCACAGAUAUUGUCUUUUGUUUUGUUGAAACCUCAUUCAAAAGAAAAGGAUAUUAAUAAAUGCCUUACUUGAAAUUCAAAGGGCUGGGGAAAAAAAAAAAAAAAAAAAAAAAAAAAAAAAAAAGGAAAAAGUCCAAGGUGGUCUCAGACCUUGCAGAUCCAGAUCAGCCAGGAAGGCUGGAAUCAGGUAUGUUUAAAAUUCUUCAGAUAUGUCUUAACAUCUUCAAAAUGCCGCAACUUUGAAGAAAGAGAAGCAUUGACUUUUUAAACUGAUUUUCCUGUAAUACAUAACACUGUAAAUAAACAAAUUUUA